GGGGUCACAGCAGGGCAGCCUGGUGAGCAGAGAAGCCAUCAAGGAGGAAAGGCAAAACCAGAGACAGCAGCCUGACAUAGCUCAAGGUGCCUGGAUCAAGCCACACCUGCAGGUUGGGCCCCCCUCCACCGGCAUAAGAGCGCAGGCCCCGCCCGGUCAGUGUCCAGACCACAGCGGCAUCAUGGCGGGCCUUUCCCGGCGCCUGGCAGCUCUGAUGCUCCUAGGAGUAGCCCUAUGCGCGGCGCAGCCCCGCGGCCGGAUCCUGGGGGGCAGAGAGGCGGCGUCCCACCAGCGGCCCUACAUGGCCUCCGUGCAGGUGAAUGGCAAGCACGUGUGCGGCGGCUUCCUGCUGGCGGAGCAGUGGGUGCUGAGCGCCGCGCACUGCCUGGAGGACGUGACCGACGGGAAGGUACAGGUGCUCCUGGGCGCACACUCGCUGUCGCAGCCGGAGUCCUCCAAGCGCCUGUACGACGUGCUGCGCGCAGUGCCCCACCCGGACAGCAGGCGCGACACGAUUGACCACGACCUCCUCCUGCUGCAGCUGUCUGAGAAGGCCACGCUGGGCCCCACGGUGAAGACCCUGCCCUGGCAGCGCGAGGACCGCGACGUGCCCGCCGGCACGCUCUGCGACGUGGCCGGCUGGGGCGUGGUCAGCCACACGGGCCGCCAGCCAGACCGCCUGCAGUAUCUGACCCUGCCGGUGCUGGACCGCGCCACCUGCAACCUGCGCAGGUACCACGAUGGCACCGUCACCGAGCGCAUGAUGUGCGCUGAGAGCAGCCACCGCCGCGACAGCUGCAAGGGUGACUCCGGGGGCCCGCUGGUGUGCGGGGGCAUCGCCGUGGGUAUAGUCACCUCCGGAUCCCGCGUGUGUGGCAACCCCAAGAAGCCUGGCAUCUACACGCGUGUGGCGAGCUAUGCGGCCUGGAUCGACGGUGUGAUGGCCGCGGCUGAGGCCGCCUGAGGAGGGCCUAAGAGUGGGGUCACCAGGAGCAAUAAAGUCAUCUACUUUUGCAUACCGUCAGCCUUUAUUUUA